AUGGCGGCCGACCGCAGCAAAAUCAGCAAACGCCUGACAGAUUUACCCAGCGAGAUCCUUCGAGCAAUCUUCAAGGAAGCAUUCCGAGACUUUCGUGUGGCCUGCGGUGUCGGAAGACAAUCCGGCGCGAUAAUGAUUGCACUGCCUCCAUCAUUGAUUGUCUCACAUACCUACUUUGCAGAAGCCAAAGACGCCCUCCUCCAGCAUGCAACGAUUGAGGUCGGCUCCAUUUCUGCGUCGAUGCAUCCCCUUGCACCCACUAUUCCUGUCUCGCCAGAUUUCGGACUAGUUCAGUACCUUAUUGCUUCUUCUCAUCCGACUGGCAUGAAUUGCGAGGCUCUCAAAGCCGCUAUCCAGGCGACACCCAGGUUACAGAUGCUGGUCGUAGAUGCAGCGAGCGCAAUGUUUCCACGCAACACGGACCCACUCAACUGGCAAUUCAAUGACACAGCCGGAGCUGCCAAUAAUAGAGGUCGAAUUGUCACUGGUAAGCUCAGCCCUGAAGCCGACAACCACAUUAAGGCGAUUUUCGAGCGUCUGCUUGACGUGUCGGUUGGCCUCGGACCUCACGGGCCAAUGCUUGACGGCGAUCUCCUUGUAUCCGGACCGCAUAUCGAAGGUCAGACCGCGGCCGCGCUGAAGACUUGGUUGGCACGGAACAGAGGUUUCGAACUCUGUAUAGAAAUGUCUGUCGUCACGCCGGGAUUGCCUGCAGGGCUGAAAUGUCAACUGUGGAUCGCGACUUUCAGUACGCGCACACACGUGCUCACGAUUAGAGCAGGAAAGGACAAUUAUAUCGAAUCCAGUCCGGAUACUUGUCAUAAGGUGUCCAUGGAUCCAUCGAUGCUCGAUCGAGCUGUCAACAAGCUCAUGGGCCGAACGCAUUCGCACGAGACAAUUAAUGUCUAG